CACCGGGCGAGUAGUGGGCGCCCUGGACGAGCGCCCUGGACGAGUCCCCAGCUCUUUCGCGGUCGCUGACACGCGCUUCUUCUUCCGUGCUCCCGGGCGUCCGAACCGGAAGGUCCCGGCGGGUCCCCGCAAGUUCAGGAUCCCCGCGAGUCCGGGUGCCGGCGAGUCCGCGUCUCCGCGAGUCCUGGGUCCGAGCAGUCUAGGGUCGGGGCGAUCUCGGUUCGAGCGGUAUCGCGGGAGGUGGCCGGUUGCUCCCGGGCGCACGGGCGCGGGGAGUCGCGGGGAGUCUUCUUGUGGGAAGAUGAGGAAGCCCGACGGGAAGAUCGUGCUUUUGGGGGACAUGAACGUGGGAAAGACGUCGCUGCUGCAGAGGUACAUGGAGCGGCGCUUCCCUGACACGGUCAGCACGGUGGGCGGCGCCUUCUACCUGAAGCAGUGGCGCUCCUUCAACAUCUCCAUUUGGGACACCGCAGGGCGGGAGCAGUUCCACGGCCUGGGCUCCAUGUAUUGCCGGGGGGCGACCGCCAUCAUCCUCACCUAUGACGUGAACCACCCACAGAGCCUUGUGGAGCUGGAGGACAGGUUCCUGGGCCUGACGGACACGGCCAGCACUGACUGCCUCUUCGCCAUCGUGGGGAACAAAGUGGAUCUCAGCGAGGAGGGGGCCGUGGAGAGCCGGGAGAAGGACGGGUGCAGCCCCAGGCUGGCGGCUGGUAGCUAUAUGUCGCCCAAGGGACCGAAGCAGGUGCAGCUGGAAGAUGCCGUGGCACUUUAUAAAAAGAUCCUAAAGUACAAGAUGCUGGAUGAGAAGGACGUGCCGGCCGCUGAGCAGAUGUGCUUCGAGACUAGUGCCAAAACUGGGCACAACGUGGACCUGCUGUUUGAAACCUUGUUUGACAUGGUGGUGCCCAUGAUCUUGCGGCAGAGAGCCCAGGGGCCACCGCAGACUGUGGAUAUCUCCAGUUAUAAGCCGCCCAGACGGACCAAAUCUGGGUGCUGCGCCUGACGCUUAGAGGCCCCCGGAUGCCCAAUUUACAAGAUUGGCAAUGGGUGUGACCAAACGAGCUGUGGUCAGAAGAAGCAUAGACAGUCAAGGGGCUCCUCUGUAGAACUGCACACAGAGGGGAAGAUCUGAGUGGAAAUGACAGCUAGUUAUUAAGAGAAAGUCAAUGUGAAUCCUCUACGUCGCUCUAUUGUGAGGCAGGGAGCAAAGGAAUCAUAUACAGAAACCGUUCUGCAGAGCCAGGGUUCCUGGAGACUGUUGUCCCCUUGCUGCUCCUGCCUCACAACCUGGCUUCUGAUGGAAGGUUGCCUGUGUGUGUGUGUGUGUGUGUGUGUGUGUGUGUGUGUACCUGUCUCAGUACCUGUAUGACUUUCACGUUUGCUGUUCUCAGAUGUUUCUCUUCACUGUGAUUUAUCUUUGGUCCUGCCAUUUGAUACUUGCAUUCUGAUGCAUCAUAAUGAUUCUCAACUUGUUAAUUUAUACGAAAUCAGGAAUCACUCUUUUUAUAUUGGUUGUAGCAGCGUGAACUACACAUAUUAUUAAAAA